CCAAAGACGGAAGUAAAGCUAAACAAUGAGGAGAAACCCAUUUACAUGGGAGACACAGUGACCCUGAAGUGCAAUACUGAGGGUGGCUUUACAGGCUGGAAUUAUUAUUGGUGGUACAAAGAGGAUCAGACAAACAUGGGCAAUCAGAUUAACAGUGUCAAUGGACAGACUUAUACCUUCCAGUUGGUGGCUCAGACUGACAAGGGAUCAUACCGAUGCAAGGCAUACAGUUAUAGCUCUCCUCGUUACUCACAGACCAGCCAUCCUGUUACAUUAACUACUCAUGAGAGGACAGCCAAACUUGCUUUAAAUUCAAAACAGAUCUUUGAAGGGGACCAGGUCAUUCUUUACUGUCAGGUCGAUGGAAAUCCUGCUGGGUGGGAAUAUGAGUUAUGCUGGAAUGGAUGUGAAAAGCCUUAUAAAUCAAAUGUGAAAAGCACCUUUACCAUCAGCCCUGUGAAUGUCUCACACAGUGGUGUUUAUAAGUGUCGAGCUGGAAAAGGAGGGAUUUACUCAAAAUACAGUAAUGAUGUUCAGUUACAAGUAUCAGGUAUAUGGGUGACUUUGUCCGCAUCUCCUAGCAGUUCUGUGAAGAUAGGAGACUCCCUCAACCUGAUUUGCACAUGGAGUGAGAACAAAACCUCUCACUCUAAAGUCACCUUCAUCUUUUUAAGAAAUAAUAAGACUAUUAAGAGCAGCAGUGACUCUACAGUAUUAACUAUUAAUCAGUUUAAUGAAAGCCACACUGGAAGCUACAAGUGUGGUGUAGAAUCAGCAGGAGGAGGAAUAACCUACAGCAAUGAGACAGAGAUUAAAGUACAAGAGUUCUCUCUCACUGUUAUUUUAGUUGGUGGUGGUCUUGGUCUGUUUUUACUGAUACUUCUGCCAUUAUUCAUUGUAUACCACAGGACUCGUGGUUUGCCAUGCAGCGGGAGUAAUAGUGCCAGAACACACAAGAAAGUAGCAGAUGCCAAUACCCAUGUUGGGGGUGCUGUUGAGAUGGAUACAUUGAAUAAAAGAGAAGUGCUGUACUCUGAGCUAGUGAAUCUACCCAAGGGCAAGAAAAAAGGUGAUUCUGCUGCCAAAGCCGACAGUGGUGUAGUGUAUUCAGACCUUAUAAUAGGAAAAUUAAAGAAGAAGAAGCCAGGGAAGGAGCCAACAGGGACCCAGGAAGUCCUGUACUCUGAUAUUAAACUGAAGAAUGUUACAGGUGACUCGGCUGCAGAAUCAGGUGAUCCUGUCUAUUCAAAUAUUGUAAUAGAAAAAUCAGAGGAGAAGAAGAAAAAGAAGAAAGAUGCCCCGCCAGCAGAUGAUCAAAGUGCUCUUUAUGCUUCUGUUCUCCCCAAAAAAGGCAAGAAGUAACACAUCGUAGUUUCUGGUGUUGCAUCUGUGAAACCUCAGCCACCUCGUGGUCUUCAGCUAUCAUGCCUCUGCUUACUGGGUUAUUUGCUGAAUUUUGUAUGGAGCUCCCUGGAGGUGUUGUUGGUUGCUGUUAGUUUCCGAUGUGAAUGGGCCUUUCUUUUCUCUGUGGAGAGACAUCAGUGUGACCAUCAAGACAGAACUCCACCCCUUCAGGUUCUCUGUUGUGUUAUGUCGACAGUAAUAUCAUUAAUGAUUCCAAAUCUGAGGGAAUUGUGUGCUUUGCUAAAUUUCUUUUCCAAUUGAUAUUGUAAGAAAAAGGCGCUAUAUUGCGCCCGACCCGACACAGAUUGACACGGAGGCACGUGUAAAACAAACUGUUUAUUUUUCUUUAGCUGUUGGGCACGUCUUCCCCAUAAUCCCUCCAGCCACAACACAGUCCACAAGUAACACCAAGCACUCUUCUUCUCUUUUCCACCACCACUCCUCCUCAGCAAGCUUUGUCCUCCUUCCACCCAACUCUUGCCGCUGAGUGGUGGUCGCUGGCUCCCUUUAUUGGGCACCCAGAAGUGCUCCAGGUGCUUGAUUGCCAACACCCGGCUGCAUUUCCAGGUGUGGCGAGACCAGUGCCCAAAAGGGUCAAGCAGCUCCUGCUGCAGCACCCCCUGGUGGCACCUGCAGAACACAACAGGGCUGCACAGAACUCCAACCUCCAUGAAGCCCUGGGAGGUCCGAGGCACCACUGCAACCCAGGGAGGCUGCCAUCUAGCGUCCAGGGGGAGAUACUGGCUCUCCCACCCUUGUCUCCCUGGUAUAUGUGGUGAAGGGGUGUCCCGGCCAGGCAUGGGCCCUGGCCAUCCGUCACAAUAUCCAUCCAUCCAUCCAUUAUCCAACCCGCUAUAUCCUAACUACAGGGUCACAAGGGUCUGCUGGAUCUGAAUAUAAAUAAUGAUAUUUCUUUGAUUUCUAUGAAUUACCAAUUAUCUACAAUGGGUUGAAAUUUAAGUAACCAAUGUAAAACUCAGUAUAUGCAGUGUUAGCAUUUGCAGUGGCGAUCUAUUUUAUUUUGUAAUGCAUGUAGUAAUAAAAUGCAUUGCAUUUUUCAUUUCAACAGGCGGUGCCUCACAAGCAUUUGAUGUAAUAAAAUGCUUUGCAUUUUUCAUUCCAACAGAUGGUACAUUAUAGACAUUACCAUUACUUUUACAAAUUCCAUAAUAAACGGCAAAUAAUGGCGACAAAGCCCCGAAUAGACACACAGGUACACAGCCACUUGUCCUUUUAGAUCAGUGCAGUGUUUAUUACUACUGCUUUUAAGAUUCCAAAAGCCUGGAAUGAACCCUGGCCUGAUUUCUUUUAUGAGUUUUGCAUGUUAAGUAAACUGUUGUGACCGGUGGUAGGGAACCAGUUCAAAAAUGUUAGAAUCAUUGGGGUACCAACCCAGGAAUCCCCAUUUAAUAUUGACAUCAGAAAACAAACCAAAAAAAAAAAUGCACAAGGACACAACACAAAACACGUUGAUAAAUAACCCAGCCGAUACAAAUGUUCUCUGCUCUUCCUCUUGCUCAGGCGCUUCUUUAAGUCUUAAAUCCUGAUCACAAAUACCCACCACCUUUGUCCUUCAUUUGGGGGCUACUUUUUAUAGUGUCCUGACCGGAAGGAGCAGGGCUUAUAUAGGAUGUCAUGGUGGCAGCCGAGUGUGCUCCCUGGGAAUCUUUCUAGAAAGAUACUGUUAGCGACAGCACCCCCUCUUGCCCUGGAGUGGUACCGCUUACCUCACUCAAGCCCAGAAAUGGAUCUCUGGGCUCUCUAUAAUGGUAGGAGCAUUCUGUCCAAGACUGGCUCCUGCCUUGUACCCAAUAACGUUUGCACAAACUCCAGUUCCAUGUGACCCUUUACCAUAAGCUUGCUUUAUACCAUUUCAUUUCCUUGCUCAGUGUCAGUGUAGGUUGUCAAGUUUUCCCAACACAUCACAAAGACGUGUAGAUUACAAUAACCAGUAACUCUAAAAUGACCUUUUCUUUUGCAUGAGUGUGCCCUACAGUGGUCUGGCAAACCAUUCAGGGUUGGGUCCUGUCUUUUGCCCAUUGUUGAUGGUAUUGGCUCCAGUACCUUGUGACCUUUGAUGUAAAAUUGAAAAAAUUGUAAAAAUGUGAAUUUUAGAUUUUUGUAUGAUGCAUUUUACUUUCAAUUUACUUUUUUAUAUUGAGUUUUCCAGAGUCCUUGGAUGAUUUGAAAAGGGCUCAUGAAUAAAAUGUAUUAUUAUAAAUUGAACCUUUGCUUUUUGGAUGCAGGUUUACAAUUAAAAAUUGCAAUUUAUAUUUUUAGAAGUUUUAUUAUUAACAAAUUGUAUGUUUUCAUUUAAUUAAGUGCUUGAAAGUAGAGUGUUUUGGAUUUAAUAUUUUAUUAUUAAGAAGAAUAUACACAACAUGACACACAUAAAAGACAUUCUUCAUAUUCUGCUGGUAUUCAUUUAUUGAAUAAUUUAAGGUUUUGCAAUAUGAGCAGCAUUUAGCAUAAUUAUG